AGCAAGUGCUCAACGUGUUCAACUGCUCCAGCCAGUGAACUGAGAAAUACAAAUCUUUUUGUAUUUCUAUAUAUUUUACCCGGCAACUAUCGAGGUUAGUUGCACGUGUUACUGCAAGAUAAUUUUUUGAUUACAGUUUAUUCUCUUUAGAAAGAUAUAAUUUUUUCUUCACGAUGGCAGCAGCAAUGCCAAUAAAUCCUAAACCAUUCUUAAAUGGAUUGACUGGUAAACCAGUGAUGGUCAAAUUAAAAUGGGGUCAUGAAUAUAAAGGAUAUUUAGUGUCUGUAGACACUUAUAUGAACUUACAACUUGCUAACACAGAGGAACACGUCGACGGCACUUGUACAGGAAAUCUUGGAGAAGUCUUAAUUAGGUGUAACAAUGUCAUGUAUAUUAGAGGAGUGGAAGAAUCAGAUGAAGAGGGUGAAAUGAAAGAUUAAUUUGAUUUUCAUUUCCUUGACUUAAGUUGUAUUUAAAGUAUAUAAAAAAUAAGUAUUGUAAUAACUUACAUUAAACGUUUGUUGUAAUAAAAUAUCACACACACACACAUAAAUACUGACAGAUUGAGCGACAAUACCUCAAAUACAAAUUUAAUGUAUACAAGUACAAAUAAAAUGUGAUGUAUAUAUAAAUAUA